AUGGCAAAGGGGAUAAGAAUGCUGAUAUUGGCCAAGCAAAAUAAUCCCAGACUCCAGGAUCAAGGACCACUAGGUUUUCAGAACCAGCCGAGGCAGCAAUACCAGCUACCACAACCAAAUCAGUCAAGUAUGGAAGAUCUCAUGAAGGCAUUCAUCAAUAAAACAGAUGAAAAAUUCCAUACUCGGGGCACUGCUAUCCAGAACUUAGAAAGCCAAAUGGGACAGAUUGCAAAUUUGUUAUUUGAGAGGGAUCCUGGGACUCUUCCCUCUGACACUGAAAAGAACCCAAAGGAAAUAAUCAAAGUUGUGGUUAACAAGCAGACUGAGACACCAGUAGAGAAAAAGAGUGAAGAGCAAAAGGGCCAGAUUAGUGGGGUACAAAAGGAGAUUGAAGAAAGUAGUCAUAUGUCAGCUCUACCAUUCCCUCAAAAGAUGAAGCGGGAGAAACUUGACAAAUGUUUUGGGCGAUUCUUGGAGAUACUCAAACAAUUUUAUGUGAACAUUCCCUUCAUAGAGGUACUCACUCAGAUGCUUGCUUAUGCAAAGUUCUUGAAGGAAAUCUUAUCUAGCAAGAGAAAAUUAGAGAAGACAACAGUUGUCAAGCUGAAUGGCCCAUGUAGUGCCAUAUUGAAAAUCAAAAUUCUCAAAAAGUGCAGAGACCCAGGAAGCUUCACCAUACCAUGCUCAUUAGGGAGUGAUAAAUUUGACAAGGCCCUUUACGAUUCUGGUGUGUCUAUAAAUAUAAUGCCUCAGUCCGCGUUCAAGAAACUGAAAGGUGAGCUUGGAUUGAUCAAAUCAAUACCAGUGUCACUACAAUUGGCUGACCAGAUCACCAUUUUACCUAAGGGAAUCAUUGAGGAUAUUCUAGUGCGGGUGGAUAAAUUUGUAUUCCCCAUAGACUUUAUUGUGGUAGAUCUGGAGGUGAACAAGGAUGUGCCUCUAAUUCUAUGGAGGUCAUUUUAUGUACAGGCAGCUAUCCUUGAUAUUUAUGAGGGGCAACUUAUGUUCAGAAUGGGCAAUGAAAAAGUGGUGUUCCGGAUGAAGAGGAUGAUGAAAUACCCCAGUGAUGAGGCAUCCGCCUACUCGUGUUUCAAGCUAGAUGUUAUUGGCAAAUUGGCUGAAAAAUACAACACAUUGGAGGAUGAAGAUCCUGAAAUAAGGAAAGAGGCUGAAGUACUUGAAACUGAGGAUCAAGUGGUUGAUGAUGAAGAACUAAAAGAGGAGGCUUGUACACAGGAACAAAAGUUGGGGGAGCUGCUGAAAAAGCACAAGAAGGCCAUUGACUGGAGUAUACCUGAUAUUAAAGGAAUCAGUCCAGCUAUUUGCAUGCCAAAAUUCUGUUGGAAGAAAAUAGCAAGCAAGUGGUGCAGCCCUAAUGCAAGUUGA